CCUCCCUCAGUCUCCCACUCUCAAGACUCCUCUUUCAGGAUGUGUGACGACGAGUGCUAUGAAGUAGCUAUCAAGGAAGCAGUCAUGAAUGCUUUUCGUGUUGUGGGUACUUGUAAUGGGCUGGUUUUGCUGGCUGAUGAUUUGGAGGAUUACGGUUACACCUUUGUUGUAUGGAACCCUAGUAUAAGAAGGUAUGUGACCCUUCCCAAGUCCACUAUGAGGUUUUCGAGGCAAGGUACGUAUGUUGGUCCGGUUGGUCUGGGUUAUGAUGCUGUUGGUAAUGACUAUAAGGUUGUGAGACUUACCACCCUUUUUAAGAAAGAGAAUCCUUGUCGGCCUGAUAUUUGGCCCACUUCAGUUGAGGUUUAUUCACUCGCCAAGGGCAUUUGGAGCACGGUCAGUCCUCCUCAAUGUAUUGUUCUUCAUUACUCCGCUGCUCAGGUUUUCGUCAAUGGGGCACUUCACUGGAUGGCUAAGCAUUGCCAUUGGAUAGAUGAGAUGGUACAUAUAGACUCUUUCAUUUUGACAUUUGAUGUGGCUGCUGAGUCAUUUGGAGAGAUAAUGUUGCCCAAGGGCUUCGAAUCAGAGGAGGCACAGUUGUCUACGUUGUCUGAUUCUGGAGAUAGAAAUUCUAUUGCUCUGUUUGUGAGGAAUGAGGUUCCGGGUGCUUUUGGUCUUGAAUAUUGGGUAAUGAAAGAGUACAGUGAGGAGAAAUCAUGGACAAAGUUGAUGGUUUUUGGUCCACAUGAUCGGUGGAUAAAUGUACCCAGGGUAUUGUGUUUUAGGAGGAGUGGUGAAGUGAUGUUGUUACUUAAGGAUGGCCAUACAGUUUCACUUGACAUUGUGAGCGAAGAAUUUAAACAUCUAGGGAUGUAUGGAGGGGACCUUAGCUCUGUUCACUCUUAUGAAGAGAGCCUUGUCUUGCUUGAAAGGAAAGAUGUUGUUUCUUACUGAGGCAAUGAACCAAGUAAGGUCAGACAUUGGGACACAUGACUUUCAAGACUGUUUUUUGUAGCUGUGAAGUGUGAGAAUCUGAUGCAUGGGUUUGCAAUUUCAGUCACUCCAUCUACCGACUGAACUUUUGAAGUGCAUCUAUAUAGGAUAUGUAGUCCCAUCUAGUAUGGGUAUGUAAUCCUAACAUGACUCGCUU